AUGUUUACGCCGAGUGCGUGGCCGUGGAUCACCAGUUUCAAUCUAGCUGCGAUGGCCACGGACGACAGUUGCAAGCACUUCGCCGAGCUGGACGUGAGCCGCCGCUCCGGGCUGCUCCACAUCCACUUCCAGCGGCGCUGGCUGCGUCGCACCAUCUACGAGCUGAUGCGCGCCCUCGACCUGGCCUCCACAGAUGCCCAGCUCCAGGUGGUCGUGCUCUCGGGUCACUUUUCUGUUGGCUGCGGCGGCGACACGGAACCGCUGGCUCUGAAGCAGGGUCAGCAGAACAGGAGGCGACAGAUGGGGGGCCAGAGACGGGAGCAGCAGGAGGAGCACAGCAGCGAGGCCGAGGAGCAGUACAUACACGAAAGGGCCGCCAAUUUUGUGAUGCGCUCGCUGGCCAAGAAGAUACUGGCCCACCGCAAGCUGCUGGUGGCCUUCGUGGAGACCGAGUGCCUGGGCCUGGGACUCAGCGUGUGCAGUCUGUGCGACCUGGUCUACGCCACGGAGUCCGCUGCCUUUGUGCCCGCCCUCGGCCACCUGGAUGCCUGCACCAAGGUGGGGCCCGGCUGGAUGGUGCCCCACAUCGACUGGCUGCUGCACUUGGGCGAUCGGGCCGAUGCCCGCACUGCCCUCCACUGCGGCCUGCUGGCCGGGAUGGUGGCCGAGCCGCAACAGUUCUGGCACCGCAUGGAUCAGUAUGCCGUCCAGGUGCCGACCGCCGCCCUGCUGGCCACCAAGCGCCUCCUGAUCCGCCCCUGGCGGGACGCGCUGCUGAAGGAGCUGCGCGAGGAGGGCACUCCAAUGGCUGCCCAGCGACGACGCCUGCUCUACGCCAGAUCCAGGCUGUAAAAUUUAGAUAUUAGUCCUGAGAAGCGACUGUACAAUAAAGACAAAUCUGCAUGCAUAAAAGAAACGUGCUCACA